AUGAUCGCCAAGAAUGACGCCUAUACCGUCGCCUGGAUUUGCGCCCUGCCGGUGGAAGUAACCGCAGCAAAGGUUAUGCUGGACGAGAUCCACACUCCGCCUCACCCAGAAAGACCAGGAUCUGAUCAGAAUGCUUAUACGCUCGGCCGUCUGGGCAAUCACCAUGUGGUAAUCGCUUGCUUGCCAUUUGGAGUCUAUGGAACCACCUCAGCGACAGCAAUCCUAUCCCGCAUGCAGGCGACGUUUCCCCGCCUUUCUUUUGCCUUGAUGGUCGGCAUAGGAGGCGGCGUACCCGGAAAUAGCCAAGGUGCUGAUGUUCGUCUUGGAGAUGUGGUUAUCGGUACGCCGACGGCAACAUCUCCAGGUGUUGUCCAGUAUGACUAUGGGAAAGCCAUCGAUGGGCGGUUGCUGCGAACGGGGGUGUUGAAUAAACCUCCGGGUUAUCUGCUGACAGCAGUUUCUCAGAUUGAGAGUGACUCGCUUCGUGGUAAGCGACCUGUCGCGGCGCUUAUCUCUAGCGUACUUGAAGAAUAUCCACAGAUGAAGGCCCGAUUCUCCCGCCCAGACACGGACUGGCUCUUCGAUUCUACGUACCAGCAUCGUCAAUCUACCGAUGACGAUUCGGAUGGAACUUGCAGAGCAUGUCAUCCGGGGGAACGAGUUGCUCGCUUGCCCAGAACAAGCGACGAGCCUCUUGUCCACCAUGGCGUCAUCGCCUCAGGAAACCAGGUGAUCAAAGAUGCCGGGAAGCGAGACUCUCUUGCUCACGAGCUUGGCAUUCUCUGCUUCGAGAUGGAAGCUGCUGGGCUUAUGGAUCAGAUCCCCUCUCUCGUCAUUAGGGGAAUUUGUGAUUAUUGUGAUAGUCACAAGAACAAGCAGUGGCACGGAUAUGCCGCGCUCGCGGCUUCGACAUACGCCAAAGUCUUGUUAUCCGAAGUCCCAGCUCUCCAACAGCAGAAUAAAGGCUUAAACGCUCCUGUGCAGCCUCUGUGGAUGGUGCCGUUUGCUAGGAACCCCCGCUUUGCUGGCCGCGAGGAGGAGAUGGCUAUCCUUGAAGAGUUCAUCUCUUCACGAGCUGAGCCCAGAAAGUUCUCAAUAACUGGCCUGGGCGGAGUGGGUAAGACACAGAUUGCACUUGAGCUCGCCUACCGGCUGCGGGAUAAGGACGCUAACUGGUCUGUAUUCUGGAUACCCUGCACCAGCAGGUCAAACAUCGACCACGCCUUUCUCCGGAUUGCGGGUCUUGUGGGGAUAGGGGAUAUAAAUCAUCCCAGCGAGGCGACAAAUCGAGUGCAGGACUACUACAGCCGUUCGACCGCAGGGAAAUGGCUCAUGAUCUUUGACAACGCAGACGACACUGACAUGUGGAUAAAGACCGAGCGGGAGCCUGGCCCGACCCUGAAAAGCUUGCUUCCGCGAAGUGAACAAGGAUAUAUCGUCUUCACAACGCGAAGCCAUAAACUCGCGGUCAAAUUAACAUCGACAAAUGUAAUGCGCGUCCAGCAGCUGAAUCAGGACUCCGCCGUUGAAGUCCUGAGAAGAUCUUUAAUCCAAAAGAGGUUUACUUAUGAGACCUCGAUUACACUGCUUGAGCAUUUGACGUUUUUGCCGCUUGCAAUCGCUCAGGCAGCAGCGUACAUCAAUGAAAACGGAAUGGAGUUGUCGGACUAUACCAGCCUUCUCCAGCAGCGCGAGUCGGAGUCUCUAGAGCUACUGUGCGAGGAUUUCGAAGACGAAGGGCGCUACGACGAUGUACCUAAUCCUGUCGGCGCCACAUGGCUUGUCUCCUUCCAGCAAAUACAGAAGCAAAAUCAGCUAGCCGCCGAGUACCUGUCUCUAAUGGCGUCUGUGUCUCCCACCGAUAUCCCACCGUGUCUUUUGCCGGAAGCGGGAUCACAGAAACUCCACCACGAUGCCAUUGGCCUACUGAAGGCGUAUUCAUUUAUUACUCAAGACACCGAGAACAAAUUUUUGAGCCUCCAUCAGCUCGUACACCUUUCCGCACGCAGUUGGUUACGCAGCCAAGGGAAGUUUUACUCCUUUGCUGGAAUGGCCACGAGGCAGUUGAACAAGGCAUUUGACCAGACCCCUCGCACGGACCAGACUUUGUGGCGAGAACUACUGCCCCACUUAUUGGCUGUAGUUGAAGAGGAGGAGACCGAGAUGGAAAAGCGGGUGGGCGAAGAGUAUCUUACGCUCUUGGAUAAUAUCGGGAUCUGCCUAUAUAACAACAAGCUGUAUGAGAGAGCCGAGCGAAUUGUCUCUAGAGUUGUGGAGCUACGAGGGACAAGGCAUGGUGUCGCGAACCCAGAUACUCUGACGAGUAUGGAUACUUUGGCCGGACUCUGGCUCAACCAAGAACGAUGGAGCGCCGCGGAACAACUGGCCAGCACGGUCCUUGAAAAACGAAAACACCUACUGGGCCAUGAAAAUCGGGAUACGUUGAGGAGUAUGAACACCUUGUCAGUUAUCUACCUGGGCCAGAAACGAUAUGCAGAAGCAGAGAGCCUGUGUAAAGAGGUUCUCGAUAUCCGGACACGUAACCUCGAGCCAGAGCACCCAGAUGUGCUCCGCAACAUGAGCAACCUCGCCUCGAUCUAUCAUGAGCAGAAGCGCUGGGAUGAAGCGGAGAAGAUAGGACGCGACGUUAUAAAGCUCCGCGAAAGAGUAUUGGGUCCGAAGCAUCCUUCAACUCUCACCAGCGGGCUCAUUUUGGUGCACGUGUAUGCAGACCAGCAGCGGUGGGAAGAAGCCGAGAAUCUGCAAAGACAGGUGCUGAGCUCCCAAACAGAGGUUUUGGGCCUCGCUCAUCCUAGUACACUCGGAAGUAUGUCUAGAUUGGCGCGGAUAUGUUGGAACCGGAGGAAAUUUCGCAAUGCUGUCGGUCUCAUGGCUGAUUGUGCUGGACUGAUGGAGAAGCAUUUCGGCAGCGAUCACAAACGGGCGAUAUUUGCUAGGAAAACUCUGGAUAAGUGGCAGAUGCAAGUCGCUGAGAUAGACGAGGAGGAGCGGCAAUUGCUGGAGGAAAUGCUGCGGGACUGA